UUCAAGGUCAAGCAUCUGUGCUUCUUACGAAACUCUCACAAUAUCAUAAAAUUUCUUUCUCCGCAUAAAUGCCCCCAGGUUCGUCAGAUUUGUUGAACCUUACCAUGUAUUUGGGUGGUGCUUCGGUUAGCAAAAGGCCCCAGCUCAUAUGUGAUAGAUCAUCUACCGGAAUCUAGGAUUACAAUACGGCUACCACCCAAACAAUGCACAUAUCGUGUAGUUAUUAACCUUUAAAUAUGGAGAAUAUCCUCUUACGUUACUGAUAAUCAUAACUUUCCUUACUCAUGCCCUUUUCCGAGCCUCUAGAAGCCAAGGGAUACCUAUCUAACCUUCCUGUCGCUUCCUGACUUGAGGUGGAAAGGAGUAUAGUAAGAGGCGGGUUAGGGUAUGGAUCUUGUUCUUUGGAGUUUGUAACUCAGGUAUUCAACUUGAUUCUGCUAUUGCUACUAUGACCACUCAGGCGAUCUCAGCUGUGGACCACUCCAACACGGGUCUUGUUUUCCUCAUACCCACCAUUAUUCUGAACGUCCUUGCUACCAUAUUCGUUGCGUUGCGUAUCUAUGCACGGCGAUUCCAAGGUCUCAGGCUCCAAUUCGACGACUGGAUAGUCGUCGUCGCGUUAUUUUUCAACCAUGCGCAACUCACCGGUGAAGGAAUUAUGGUGAGAUAUGGCUUGGGUGUCAAUGGCGAGAUAGUCGCGGCCACAUACCCUGGCGGUGUGUCAAAUUUCUUGGAGGCCUUCUUCUUUCUGCAGUUGAUAUAUUCCUGCCUAUCGCCACUAGCUAAGAUUUCGCUUCUCUCCCUUUACUACCGUACCUUCUUCGUCUCUCGCAGCCUGCGAGUUUCGGUCUGGAUUAUGACCGCGCUGCUCAUCUCCUGGGGAAUCAGUGUUUUUGUGACCAGUAUUUUCACAUGUAACCCCAUUCGAGGAUUCUGGGAUUUGUCGAUUGAGGCCAAGUGCAUCGACAGCGCGUUAUUCUUCGAAGCUAUCACGAUACCCAAUAUCAUUCUCGAUUUAGCCACAGGGAUUCUACCAAUUCGCGAGGUGUGGAAGUUACAGAUGGGUAGAGACAGAAAGCUUGCUUUUACUGCGAUAUUCACUGUCGGUAGCAUUGUUGUCCUUGCUGCAAUAGCACGUCUUGUCACCGUCAAGGUUUACCAGCCCGCUGGAGGGUCCCUAAAUACGACCCAAGCGCUCGUGCCAGCAUUGCUUGCGACAUCAUUCGAGGUUAACUUUGCGAUCUACGGUGCCUGUCUUCCGCCUAUAAUACCCCUGUGGAGACAUUGGUUCGGUCAACCUCAUAGUUCAGCUAAGAGUUCGAAGUCUACUCCACCAUUCCACAGCAUAAUCACGAUUGGCCAGCGUUCUAAUCGGCAACCUCGCAAGGUGGAUGCUACCUUCGAGAUGUUGGAGGAGGAUUCCAGUGAAAAUCUAACUCGAACGAAUACUAAUCCUGGGACUGAGGGCAUUGCUUUGACGUCAGUGUCUGCGAGAGAGUGGCCUCAAGGUGGUCAACAACAGAUUCACUUACAUUCGUAAUCAGAAUUUUGCUUCGUAUUUUUUAAAGAAAAAAAAAAACUACGAGAUUCAUUGCGAAUACGCCGACAGGUUUGGGUGUUUGGAUGACGUUAUGGGAAUGGAAAAAUACUCAUUAAGUACGCAUUAUUGGUUCAGUUUUAUGAUUGAUAAAAGGUUAUACAAGUGUGUUAAGUCAUGCCCGAACUCUGAAAUAAAUUUCAGAAUAAAGACAUUGAGACCUUCUAGCACUGAAGUCCCCAAAGUAAAUAUAUCAAAACGUUUCCCGUUGAAAGAAAAAGAAUUCGUUGAACCCGCCUUGAAUCCGCGGCUAUCCAGGGUAAAAAAAAA